CCGGGGCGCAGGGGGGAUCCGGCCGAGCCGAGCCGAGCCCAGCCGAGCCUGGCGGCUCCGCGGCGCCCCGUGCUCCGGCCCCGCUCCGGAAAUGCCAUUCUCGUGAGUGUGCAAGGAACCUACAGAACUGUAAUGUCUAACCCUACAUGGAAUAACAACUCUUGGAAGUUUUUUUUCCUCUGGGCAAAACCAGCAAAGCGGCUGAAGCACCUACUGCUAAAGAGCAGCCUUGGUGCAGAAACAGUGGUAGUUAAAAGGCACUCAAAGGUUGUUGUUCUUUCGCCAUCUGAGUCCGUUAAGGCGCCGGUGAGAGAGUAUCUGCUCCAAGGCCAAGGUGUAGAAGGCAGUGAGAACAAGAGAUACCGCAGAGCAGCGUUGCUCUGGGUGUAAUCUGCCUUAUCAGCACGUGAUGCAAAGACAGGGCAGUUUCCACAGGCUGCGUGGUGACGUGUUUUCUGUCCUCUGCGAGAUCCACCACGUUAUUUCGAUUAGAACGCUAACGUAACUCCUGGCAGCCUCGAAUCCUACAGCCAGCAGCCCAUUUCCCCCCCAAAGCCUGGUGCAGAGCUAAGGAGCAGAAGGAUCUCUCGUGUGUCCUGUUCACAAGGAGCUCUGGAGAGGAGGUGUUCCGUGGGAGGUAACAAGUUUUUAGGUGGCAGAGACACAGUGAAGCUCUGUGUGGGGCAAGGAGAGCUGAUGGGCGAGCCUGGGGUGUGACCCAGGAUGGACUGGCUGUGACGGCGUGCCUUAGCUGGAGAGGUAGUUACCAUGAAGAGUUCCUGCAGAGCUGGCCUCCACAGGGAACCGCUGAACUCCACAUCCUCCACCUUCCACCAAGUCAAACGGGUCUCUGGUAUGCACUUAAAGCCAUAUCUCAAGUUACAGAAGAAAGAGCGAUCCCCAGAAAUAAGCCAGGACUCCCUGCGAGGCCACCAGGGAUCAGCACAAGGAGAAAAAUACACCACCUGCACCAAACUGAGCGUUUUCCCCAAACCCUCCCUCGUGACUCCAUCUCAAAAGCUUCUGGGGAUUAUUUAUCCAAAUACUAUGUGCAAUAUGAACGGGAAGGGUCCAGCGGAUGGUCCCAGUGCCAGGGAAAAGAAGAACGCCCUGUCUGCGACGAUCCACCAGGGAGAGGAAGGGGAAGGGCCUCUGGAUGUCUGGGCCGUGGUGAAACCCGGCAACACGAAGGAGAAAAUCGCGUUCUUCGCCGCCCAGCAGAGCAGCAGCAGCAGCAGCAGCCGGGUGGGCUCCAUGAAAAUCAAGAGCACGUGGGACAUCGACGGGAGGACGGCCAAGCGCAGGAAAAAAUCGGUGGACCUCAAAAAAGCCAAGAUCCAACUGGAGAGGAUGAGGGAGGCCAACUCCAGGUGCUCCCAGCCCGAGCCUUUCGCCUGCGGCAUCGAGCACUGCUCGGUGCACUACGGGAAUGACAGCGGAGAGGGGGCGUUCCCGGGCCGGUCCUUGUCGGUGAUAGAGAUGGUGGCUUUCCUGGAGCAGCGAGCCAGCGCUCUGCUGGUGGACUGUGCUAAAACCUGCACGGCUGCUCCCGCCACGAGGCCGAGCGCUCAGCCCAAGGGGGCCCUUCCCGCCUCCGACCCUUUCUCCUCGGCCGGGGCGUGCGAGGCGCAGGCGGAGAGGGGCCCCGGCGAGCAGCAGGGCGAGCCCGUGCGCGUGCUGGACAUGGUGGCCAAGCUGGAGUCGGAGUGCCUGAGGCGCCAGAGCGAGCGGGAGGCCGGGAGCCUCUCCCGGAACAACAGCUUCCGCAGGAACGUCGGGAGGGUGCUCCUGGCCAACGGCACCCAGCCCGAGGGAGAGGCGGGGAAGGGGGUGCUGGGGGUUCUGGCUCAGGGGGAUGGCCUGGGGGAGGCGGGGGUGGCAGAGGCGGGAUACGGGGGUCGUUGUGGUGCUCUGGGUGACGCCGAGCUGUGGGACGGCGGCGCCUCCGCUCGGCGGCCUUUUCCUUCGGGGCUGGAUACCCGGAUGGGGAAUGUGAACUCGGGACUUGCUCACGCGGUGCUGGCGAUGGCAGCCGGCAGGAGCGACACUGAGACACGGAUUGAGCCCCCCGGAGCUCUGCUGUCCUCGUGUCCAGCUGCUGCUGCCAGGCUGCCGCCCGAUCCCUUGCCGAGCAAGGACGCGACCGUUGAUUGUACGUCGAAGGAGCCUGUGGUUUUCCCAAAGCAGAGCCUGCACCCUGCGAGGAAGGAGCCCUUGUGCAUCAGUAUAUCCGUCACCAAGACCGAGAAAGGGUGCAGGAAAGAGAAGCUCUCCAGCUCCAGUGAGGAUUCGCUCCCGGGGCGGCUGUUUUUCCUCCAGGACGAGCAGCCUGCUGCUCAGGAUCAACAGCCACCGCGGGAAAGUACCCAAGAGAAGGCAGGAGAAGCAGCCCGGAACGAGGAGGAGGAUGCUUUGGCGUCCGGCAGGCCGUGUGUCAGGAGCAGCGUCCCUACAGAGCCAUCGGCCCCCUCUGUCCCUCCCACAGAAGGGGCUUUGCAAGUACUUGACGCUUCCUGCCUGAAAAGGCAGGUCUCGCAUGACUUUCUGGAGACCAGGUUUAAAAUCCAGCAGCUCCUGGAGCCUCAGCAGUACAUGGCCUUCCUGCCCCACCACAUCAUCGUCAAGAUCUUUGGGCUGCUCCCCACCAGGAGCCUGGUGGCCCUGAAAUGCACUUGCUACUACUUCAAGUUCAUCAUCGAGUACUACAACAUCCGGCCGGCGGACUCGCGCUGGGUGCGGGACCCGCGGUACCGCGAGGACCCCUGCAAGCAGUGCAAGAAGAAGUACGUGAAGGGGGACGUGUCCCUGUGCCGGUGGCACCCCAAGCCCUACUGCCAGGCCCUGCCCUACGGGCCCGGCUACUGGAUGUGCUGCCACCGGUCCCAGAAGGGCAUCCCGGGCUGCAAGCUGGGUCUCCACGACAAUCACUGGGUCCCCGCCUGCCACAGCUUUAACCGCGCCAUCCACAAGAAGACCAGAGGGGCGGGAGCCGAGGUGGAAGAGGAAUAUUAAGUGCACAUACCCUUUUUUCCUGCGAGAUUGUUUGGGGUAGGAGGAGAUUCUCAUGCCUUGUGCUGUUUACAGUGUAUAUAAUUGUCGUGGUUAUUUUUUUUUUGUUUGUUUUUUUGGUUUUUUUUUUCCACAGGGCUAUGAAACUGCACAUACUCGAACACAAGAGCCUUUACCUUUUAGAUUAAAGAGAGCUUUUAGUCCAUCUCUGUAAAUAACACUAUAAAAAAAAAAAACCCUAAUUGUACAUACAGAGUCUACAGCUGGCUGAACAAGGUAACCCCCUACAAUGCAGCUAUCCCAGUGUUGCGGCUAUAGGUGUGUGUGUUUUUAAGUGUCUCGUUUCAAAAAAUCUGUAUAUUCCGCAUAAUAUAUGAAUGUUUCUGAGAAGAAACUCUAAAUAGGUAAAGGUCAACUUGUUUAAAGAAGCUGCAGACAACUAAACUGGACAACCUGAAACUUAGACUAUAGAACCAGACCCAUUAUAGUAGCGUGGCAGUGGAUUUAAAAA